GUCAUGCUGUCUCGUAGGUGAAGCAAGAACACCGCUUUUUCCGAGAGAUGGCGACGAUUCCAUCUCUCGUGCCUCCAAGUAUAAAACACAAGACGACAGAGCCUUGCAAAUCACGAAGAGGGUUGGUGGAUGAGCUUCUGAAGUGGGACCGAUUGAAGCUGCUGCUGAAUUAAUAUAAAUUAUAAUCUCAAUCACUUUGGUUAUGGUGGUUGGUGUUAGGUGGUGAAGAAGCUCAUUUCUUCUUCUGUUUUCAAUCUGGGCUUUGAUACACACAAUUCAGCAGCAAUGUCGUCUGAUCCGACACGAUCCCAGGUCAUAACCUGUAGAGUUGUUGGAUUGGGCAGCUGCGGUGGCAUGGGGAGCAGGCGAGGCAUUGGUAAUGGAGGAAGUGGAAGUGAGUCCACCUCAAGCCCUUGAGAUCAGAAUCAAAGUUGUCUGCACUUCUCUCUGUCGUAGUGAUCUCUCUGCUUGGGAAUCUCAGUCGAUUUUCCCCAGAAUAUUUGGUCAUGAAGCUGCAGGGAUUGUGGAGAGCGUGGGAGAGGAAGUGACCGAGUUUGAGAAGGGAGAUCACGUUCUGACCGUGUUCACGGGAGAAUGCGGGGACUGUAGGCAUUGUGUCUCGGAGAAGAAAAGUAACCAUUGCCAGGUUCUGGGUCUGGAAAGGAGAGGACUGAUGCAUAGUGAUCAGAAGACAAGAUUCUCCAUCAAUGGAAAACCCGUCUACCAUUACUGCGCGGUUUCUAGCUUUAGCGAGUACACAGUGGUGCAUUCUGGGUGUGCUGUCAAAGUCGAUCCCUUGGCUCCUUUGCACAAAAUAUGCCUUCUGAGCUGUGGAGCUGCUGCAGGUCUUGGUGCAGCGUGGAAUGUCGCCAAUGUAUCGAAAGGUUCAACUGUUGCGAUAUUCGGGCUUGGAACUGUCGGGCUUUCAGUUGCUCAAGGAGCCAAGCUCAGAGGAGCAGACCGGAUUAUCGGGGUCGAUAUAAACCCUGCAAAGGCCGAAAAAGCAAAGAUCUUUGGUGUCACGGAAUUUAUCAAUCCCAAUGACUAUAAUGAACCUGUUCAACAGGUAAUCAAACGUGCAACGGGCGGAGGAGGAGCAGACUUCUCGUUUGAAUGUGUUGGUGAUACCGGAAUAGCUACAACCGCAUUGCAAUCUUGUUCAGACGGAUGGGGAGUGACCGUAACUCUUGGUGUUCCGAAAGAGAAACCUGAGAUUUCAGCUCACUAUGGAGUCCUCCUCUCUGGAAGAACUCUCAAAGGGUCUUUGUUCGGCGGAUGGAAGCCUAAGUCGGAUCUUCCUUCCCUCAUCGGAAAAUAUAUGAACAAGGAAAUCAUGAUCGAUGAACUGGUGACCCACGACCUGGAAUUUGUCGAUAUCAAUGGGGCUUUCGAGCUUAUGAGAGAGGGCAAGUGUUUGCGUUGCGUUCUUCACAUGCCAAACUAGACUUUGGAAUCUGUAACCAUCUAUUUCUCCAGUUGAUGAUACUGACGAUGAUGUUUCUGUAAUAAGCCUGUUGUUGAUCAUGUCUUUGUGUUUGUUAUCAAACGAAAAACCCAACGCCCGACAAGGAUUUAGCUUGAA